GCUCUAUGCCCAACUGGUAGUCGCAUACAUGGUAAUUGUGUUUCAUCUUCACAUUCUGGAAUGUCUUCUGUGUUGAGACAUACAUUUCGCCUUGAUUGUCAUUCUUAUUCUCGUCCCUCAUUUGCCUAUUGACGUCUGCUCACUCGAUACGCUCCUCAGUUCGACUCAUCAUCGUCAUGGCUGCAGAGGACAACCAUGAGAGAUCCAAUGGUGUCCUCAUGGAGAAAGGAGUUCAAGAAGAUUCGCAAAUCCGGCCACCAACUCCAGAACAAUCGCAACCAGACCCAGCUGCGGCUCUUGAAAAGGUCACCAGCAAUGUCGAAGUCUAUCCAAAAGGCCUGAAAUUGGCCUCGAUCUUGCUGAGCAUUUACCUAUCGGUAUUUCUGGUCGCGCUCGACCGAACCAUCAUUGCCACUGCCCUUCCCAAGAUCACGGAUGAGUUCAACAGUUUUGGUGAUAUUGGCUGGUACAACGCUGGAUUCCUGCUACCAACCACCGCUCUUCAACUCUUCUUCGGACGGCUCUACACCUUCUAUUCGCCCAAAUGGAUUUUCAUGAGCCUGGUUGUGAUCUUUGAGAUUGGCUCCGCCGUCUGUGGCGCCGCCCCAAAUUCGGUCGGCUUCAUCUGGGGACGAGCUGUGGCCGGCCUGGGCGCUGGUGGUCUGUUCAACGGAGCCAUGAUCUUGAUGAUGUACGCAUCUCCUCUGGAAAAGAGACCCACCUAUAUGGGUCUCUUGGGAGCAGUCUUCGGUGUCGCCUCAGUUGCCGGACCUCUGCUUGGAGGUGUUUUCACGACAUCAGUGACUUGGCGGUGGUGCUUCUAUAUCAACCUCCCCAUCGGCGGCCUCGUCCUUGUCUUCCUUUACUUCGCCAUCGACAACACCAAACCUGCCCUGGGAGACAUUCCCUUCAAAGAGAAACUUCAACGUGUCGAUAUUCCGGGCACUCUGGUCUUCAUCCCUUGUAUCGUCUGCCUGCUCCUUGCACUGCAAUGGGGUGGUCAGCAGUAUGCAUGGUCCGACGGUCGCAUUAUCGCCUUGUUCGUCCUAUUCGGCGUCUUGCUCAUCGUCUUCAUCGCCAUCCAGAUCUGGCGGCAAGAGGCAGCCACGGUGCCGCCUCGAAUCAUGAAGAAGAGGACAAUUGCGGCCGCCAUGUUUUACGCUUUCUGCCUUGGGGCCUCUUUCAUGUUGAUCGUCUAUUACAUAUCCAUCUGGUUCCAAGCGAUCAAAGGUGACUCGGCCAUCAAAUCGGGCAUCUCAACUCUUCCGUUUAUCCUGGCACUGGUCAUAGCCUCCAUGCUUUCUGGGGUCUUCGUGACCAAAAUUGGCUAUUACAUGCCGUCUAUCAUCGCCGGUGGGAUCUUGACGCCUAUCGGCGCAGGUUUGUUCACCAUGUUUACCACUCACACAGCGCAUCCAAUGUGGAUAGGCGUCCAGGUCCUCUACGGCUUCGGCGUCGGUCUUGGUUUACAGCAGACCAAUAUCGCAGCUCAGGCUGUUCUGGAUAAGAAGGACCAACCGACCGGAGUGUCUGUGGUGUUCUUCGGCCAAGGUCUCGGAGGCACCAUCAGCGUGGCCAUGGGGCAGAACAUACUCGACAACAAACUGAUAUCCGGACUGAAAGGUGUCAAUGGCAUUAAGCCGCAGGACAUCGCAACUACCGGCGCAACUGAUCUCAGAAACGUCUUCACUGCAGAGCAACUGCCAAUGGUGCUCAAGGUCUACAACCAUUCGCUCGUGGUUGUAUUUUACGUUGGUCUCGCAUUUGCUUUGUCGGCAUUAUUGGGCGGUAUAUUCAUGGAAUGGAAGAGUGUGAAGAAGCCGAGGGCUGCUGAAAAAAAGGAUCAGAAGGAUGAAGAGGCAGUGGGCUCAACGUGAGACACGUACGAAAUCUUCCCUCAAAAAAUUGUAUUAUUAGCCAAAGAGCCCUAGACGCAUAACUCAAG